UCAAGAGCAUCUCACUUUGCCUGCUCCUCCUGCCAGCUGAGAUCAAGGAAAUAAUGUCUGGCUCCCAUAAACUUGUGGUUUUGGCUGUCCUUGUGUUUGGAUGCUUGGUCUUAGUGUCAGCAUAUAUUCGACCAACUAAGUUCACCCCCAAAUGCUGCAAGAAGGCACCAGCCAAGAAAGUUGCCUAUACGAUUAUCAGCUACAAGCGCCAAAAUGCCCUGGAUGUUUGUGUGGAGGCCAUCAUAUUUAAAACAAAGAAACAUGGCAAAUUUUGCGCUGAUCCCAACGCACCCUGGGUACAGAAAAAAGUAAAAGAAUUGGACAAGAAACAAUGAGGAGAACAUGGAAAUGGAUUUCGGAAUGGAUUCAACGUUUUUAUUAAAGUUUAAGACGAAUACAUCCAUAUGUAUGUUUCUUAGCUAUUUCUUUCUGAUUAUGCUGUAUGCUAAUAGAAUAGAAUAGAAUCUGAAAACAAAAUUAAAGCAAGCACCGCA